UUGGUGUACUGUGUUUUCUAUAGCGUCGCAUUGCGUCCUCCCACUGUUUAUCGAGGCAGAGUCGGUUGUUGCUUGGGUAAGCGCCCUUAUUAGAACGAGGAUUGCGCAUCGCUAUCACCCUGCUUACUACUGCUGUACUAGUUCACUGAGCGUUAGAAAAUAUGCCUAAAGUAAAGCGAAGCAGAAAAGCCCCGCCGGACGGGUGGGAGUUGAUCGAGCCCACACUGGAUGAGCUUGACCAGAAAAUGAGAGAAGCUGAGACAGAGCCCCAUGAAGGAAAAAGGAAAGUGGAAUCCUUGUGGCCUAUUUUCCGAAUUCAUCACCAGAAAACCCGCUACAUUUUUGACCUCUUCUACAAGAGGAAGGCUAUAAGCAGAGAGUUGUAUGAUUACUGUAUCAGAGAAGGUUAUGCUGAUAAAAAUCUCAUUGCCAAGUGGAAGAAGCAGGGAUAUGAAAAUCUGUGCUGUUUGCGUUGUAUACAGACAAGAGAUACCAACUUUGGAACCAACUGCAUUUGUCGGGUGCCCAAAGGCAAACUGGAAGUGGGGAGGAUUAUUGAAUGCACUCACUGCGGCUGCCGAGGUUGUUCCGGCUAAGGGAUGUUUCGAGUAACACCGAAAUGUAGAUGCUGUAGUUUUCAGAAGUUGUAUCUGUUCUGUGACCUUUUUUAAAAAUGGGUAUAUCUAUAGAGUGUGUAAUAAACAUGUUAAUUUGU